AACUGCAACGAACCGCCGGACGACGACAACUGCAACGGCGAUGACGACCGACAGCGUUCAAAAACGUAUUAACAAUGCGGUGCGCCGUGCGCUCCAGAAAGAGCGACAAAAGCUGGCGCGCAAAAAAUUUGCUGCCGCUCGGAGAUUUGGGCCGGCGGCAGCAGCACCAGGAUACGUGCCGGCUCAAGUACCACCGCCGGGCUACGGGCUGCCUCCAGAACCAGCGCCAGGAUACGUGCUGCCUGCAGCACCAGCGCCGGGAUACGUGCUGGCUCCAACACCAGCGCCGGAAUACGUGCUGCCUCCAGCACCAGCGCCGGGAUACGUGCUGGCUCCAGCACUAGCGCCGGGAUACGUGCUGCCUCCAGCACCAGCGCCGAGAUACAUACCGGCUCAGGCACCAGCGCCAGGAUACGUGCCGGCUCAGGCACCAGCGCCGGGAUACGUGCCGGCUCAGCCAUACAGUGGCUAGAAAAAGUC